AUGUGGAACCAGCCAUUCGCCAAAACAGAUUUGGAGAGCGGGGCGCGGCCUCUGUAUCCGAUGAUGCUGGAGAGCCCCGAACUGCGGUGGUCUUUCAUCCGGAAAGUCUACUCCAUCAUCGCCAUCCAGUUGCUUGCCACCAUCGUCAUCGGCGCCGUCGUCGUCACCGUCCGCCCCAUCGGGGUCUUCUUCGCCACCACCGGUGCCGGAUUGGCUCUCUACAUCGUCCUCAUCUUUGUCCCCUUCAUCACGUUAUGUCCACUUUACUACUAUUACCAGAAGCAUCCCGUCAACUACCUACUCCUCGGGGUUUUCACUGUAUCCCUUUCCUUUGUCGUUGGAUUGAGUUGUUCCUUUACUAGCGAGAAAGUUAUUCUGGAAGCUGUCAUACUGACCGCUGUAGUGGUGAUUGGUCUGACUCUCUACACAUUUUGGGCUGCAAGGAGAGGCCAAGAUUUCAACUUUCUUGGCCCUUUCUUGUUUGGUGCUGUGCUAGUUCUUAUGGUCUUUGCUCUGAUUCAGGUUCUGUUUCCACUGGGUAAGUUGUCUGUGAUGAUCUAUGGGUGCUUAGCAGCCCUUAUAUUUUGUGGGUACAUCGUAUAUGACACAGAUAACCUUAUUAAGAGAUAUUCCUAUGAUGAAUUCAUUUGGGCUUCGGUCGCGUUGUAUCUGGACGUCAUCAAUCUCUUCCUGUCUCUGCUCACUAUUUUUAGAGCUGCUGAUAAUUAG